CUGUUCUGUCUUGAAAUAACAUCAAUAAGAUAUCAUAAAUUAGAGAGAGAGAGAGAGAGAGAGAGAGAGAGCUGAAAAUGGCGAAUCUAUUCACUGCUACGGCUCCUUUUCUCAGAGUUUCACAGCCUUUCACCAAAACGACACCGUCCCAUCAUCAGUGCUACGCCUCUUCUUCCACUCCGCCCGAGCCUGAGUCUUCUUCUUCUUCUUCUUCUCCUCCUCCUCCUCCUUCUCCGUCUCAACCGCUGACAUCGCAGCAGAAGAGGAAGAAGACCGUUGAGACGACGGAUUGGGUUGCUUCUUCCCUGACGCGACGGUUCGGAAUCGGGGCGGGUCUUGCCUGGGCGGGGUUUCUCGCUUUCGGUGUCAUCUCCGAACAGAUCAAGACUCGGAUUGAGGUUUCUCAGGAAGUAGCUAACACCAGAGAUGUAGUAGAAGAGAAAGAGAUUGUGUUACCCAACGGCAUUAGGUACUAUGAUCUACGGGUUGGAGGAGGAGCGACACCAAGGGCAGGAGACUUGGUAGUGAUUGAUCUAAAAGGGCAAGUGCAAGGAACUGGACAAGUAUUCGUGGACACAUUUGGAAGCAAAGGCAAGAAGAAGCCACUGGCACUUGUGGUGGGUUCAAAGCCAUACAGCAAAGGAUUAUGUGAAGGCAUAGAUUAUAUUCUAAGGUCUAUGAAGGCUGGAGGAAAACGCAGAGUGAUCGUUCCACCAUCGUUAGGAUUUGGAGAGGAAGGUGCUGAACUUGAAUCGGGUUUGCAGAUUCCUCCCAAUGCUUCGUUGGAGUAUGUAAUUGAGAUUGAUAGAGUCUCCAUUGCGCCUGCUUGAUUAUUAUUAUUUAUGUACAGCUUUUUUGGUUUAAUUGCCAAUUAUGAGAUUAAAUAAACCGAACAAAACCGGGUCAAAAUAUUGACUUUUAAUGUAACUCUAUAAUAUUUGUUUUUUUUUUUU